UACAGGAGGAUGAUCUGGCAGCUGUUAUUGGUGGCGUGUGCGCUGGGCACGGCGUACUACCGGUGGUCGCGCAGGCGACUCUACAAGCUCGCGGCUGAGAUACCGGGCUUACCUGACAGCUACCCCGUCAUCGGACACGGCCACAUCUUCGCUGGCAGCAACGAAGAUAUUAUGCAAGCGUUACAAAAAAUAGGUCGAAUAUCAAAUCAGCACGAUGGUCUUACAAGUUUUUGGCUGGCCAAUAGGCUGUUUGUUGGUAUGACGGACCCUGCGGCCAUCGAGGUGGUUUCUAAAUCGUGCCUGGACAAAGACGAAUACAUAAUGAAGAUAUUGCAAACUGCCACAGGAAACGGUUCUAUAUUUGCUCCAGUAAACAUUUGGCACCCUCGUCGCAAAAUCAACGCCGCUUUCUUCAGCCGGAAGAACUUGAACCAGCUGGUGCCGGUGUUCGACGCGCAGAGUUCCAUCAUGGCCGACCUGCUGCGGACCGAGGCGGGGGGCGGCGACUUUCCCAUCUGGAGAUAUAUCACCAGGUUCACGGUCGAUACAGUUUGCGAAACUGCCCUGGACACUGACGUUAAUACGCAAAAGUCUUCAGACUAUCAUUAUCUUCUGCACGCAAUGGAGGAAUUCAUGCAAUUGCAGGGCAAGCGCAUAUUGCAGCCGUGGCUGCACCCGGACGCCAUCUACAAGAGGCUACCCGUGUACAAACGGUAUCAAUACCACUUGCAACGGGCAUAUACAUUUUUAGAGGAGAAUAUACAAAAGAAAAAGGAAAAAGUAACUGAAUCUGGACUUAAUAAUUUUAAAAACAACAAUGAACUGUCAAAUUUCAUCGACGUGAUAAUCCAGUCUUCUGGAGGACUAGAGAAGGGCUACUCGGACUUGGAGCUGCGAGAGGAGCUGCUGGUGUUCAUGGUUGCCGGGAGCGACACGUCGGCAACCGCGAUCAGCUUCACCGCCGUGCUGCUGUCCCGGUACCCGGACGUGCAGGAUAAGGUGUACCAGGAACUACAAGAAGUGUUCGGUGAGUCGGACCGCGCCGUGACCGUCGAGGAUCUGCCGAAGCUGACGUAUCUGGAGGCCGUCAUCAAGGAGAGCCUGCGACUCUACCCACCGGUGCCGAUAGUGGUGCGAGAGGUCCACGAGGAUACACUUCUGCCGUCAGGCAUAACGCUGGUGGACGAGACGGCGUUGAUGUUCAACAUCUGGGGCACGCACCGCAACCCCGCGUACUGGGGGCCCGACGCGGAGGAGUUCCGCCCCGAGCGGUUCCUGCAGGGCCCGCUGCCGCACCCCGCCAUGUUCGUGCCCUUCAGUCACUCCGUCAGGAACUGCCUCGGUGCAACAUACGCAAUGAUGUCGGCGAAGACGGCGCUGGCCAACGUGGUCCGGCGCCACCGGCUGCUGCCGCCGGCCGGCGUGCGCGCCGCCGACCUGCAGCGCCCUCUACCGGUCAAGUACGACAUCAUGAUGAAGGCUGUCGACAACUUCAUGCUUAGAAUAGAAGAGAGGAACCAAAAUAAAACCCUUAAUGUAUAA